AUGAAGUACCUCUCCCUCUUCGUCGUCGCCUGCUUGGCUUUGUCCUCUUCGUCGACUGACGCCGCCGCUCCCUUCAUCUCCAACGGCUCUGGCACCACCGCCAUCCCCGGCUCGUACAUCGUCGUCCUCAAGGACAACCACAACGCCACCUUAUUCCAGACCAAGUUCGACAAUAUGGCUGCCCGUGUCCAGAACGCCCGCGGUGGUCGUCGCCCCAAGAUGAGCCGCAAGUUCUCGACCAUCCCCGGCUUCACCGUCACUAGCAACCGCAACACCGUGACCGAGCUCCUCAACAUGGACGAGGUCGCUUACAUCGAGCAGGAUGCCCUCUUCACCAUCCAGGCUUCUCAGGCCAACCCUCCCUCCUGGGGCCUUCCUCGCGUCUCCACGCGUAACGUCUUGAAGUCCCUGAUUAACUAUGUCUACCCCAACGCCGCCGGUGCUGGUGUCACUGCCUAUGUUGUUGACACCGGUAUUAACGUUGCCCACUCCGACUUUGGCGGCCGUGCCAAGAUGGGCGCCAAUUUCAUUCAGGGUUCCCCCAACACGGAUGAGAACGGUCACGGUACCCACGUCUCUGGUACCAUCGGAGGCACCAGAUUCGGUGUUGCUAAGAAGGUCAAUCUGGUUGGUGUCAAGGUCCUCAACGCUCAGGGCUCUGGUUCUACCUCUGGCAUUGUCGCUGCCAUGGACUGGAUCAUCACCGUCAACAAGGGCAAGAAGGCCGUCGUGAACAUGUCUCUCGGCGGUGGUGGCUCCAAGGCCUUGAACGACGCUGCCGGUCGUCUGUACAAGGCCAACAUCCCCGUUAUCGUCGCUGCUGGCAACGACGGUAACCUUGACGCCUGCAACGGUUCUCCCUCGGGUGCCCCAGCGGCAUUCACUGUCGCCGCCUCGGAUGUCAGGGACACCAUUGCCUCCUUCUCGUCCUGGGGCAAGUGCGUUGAGAUCUUUGGACCUGGUGUCCAGAUCACCUCCGCCUGGAUCGGUUCCAAGACUGCCACGAACACCAUCUCCGGAACCUCGAUGGCCACCCCUCACGUCGUCGGUGUUGCUGCCCUGUACCUGAGCAACGACGCCAAACUCAAGACCGCUCAGCAGGUCUAUAACAAACUGACCUCGACCGCUACCAAGAACGCUAUCAAGGGCAACUUGCGCGGCACCCCCAACCUCUUGGUCUUCAACGGUGCCGAAAAGUAA